GCCAUCCCUAUGUGAAGUCUCUCUGUGACAUGGCAGAGAAGGGAGUGACCUCCCUAACCAGUGUUGCAGCCAGCAGUGAACAGCCAGCUCCACCUGCACUUGAACCUCAGGAAGCAACAGGAACGGAGUCGGCUUCUGAAGUACCAGACAAAGUGGAGGAGAAUCUACCAACCCUUCAAGAGACGGCUGAGAAGGCCAUGUCUGACACACUGACAGAUGUCAAAGAGAGCAUGACCAGAGUGGUGGACAUGACCAAGGAGGCCAUGCAGGAUUGUAUGAAGACCACCAGAUCUGUGGUGGCAGAGGGCAUGAGCACCGUUGGGGAGUCGAGAAUGGGCCAACUGGCCAUAAGUGGGAUGGAAGCCAUGCUAGAGAAAUCUGAAGCGCUCUUGGAUCACUAUCUUCCCAUGACUGAGGAUGAACUAGCGGAACUUGCGGAAUCCGUGGAAGGGGCUGAAGUGUCUGCGGCACAACCACAAGAGCAUCGCAGCUACUUUGUGCGUCUGGGUUCCCUGUCCACCAAACUCCGCCAGCGCGCCUACCGCUAUUCCCUGGACAAGAUGAGACGCACCAGCCACAGCAUCAGUGAGGCGCUUUCCCAGCUUCAACAAACCAUGGGACUGAUUGAACACCUCAAGGAAGGUGUGACACUACAAGAUGUCCAGGAGAAGUUCCAGCACGUGUGGCUGAACUGGAGCAGAAAGCAGGCAAAAUGCAGUGAGAUCACAGACUUGCCGAACACAGAG